AUGCGUCAUCUACGGUGUACUUGUCGAGACUAUGCUGAGGCGGCUGGAGAAAAAUCAGGCUCUGGUUUACGUGCUUUAAAGGCAUCUUCGCUCCCAAACCUAGGGAUCAGUGAAGUUCUAGCGACGAAACUGGCCCUUGAUGCUCUUGAGAACUUUCGGACUCCGCACUUGGAGAUACCUUGUUGUCCAUCCCAUGGGUUUAAAUAUCUCCCUUUCCGACUAUUUAAUACGUUCGAUUCUUGCCUCUUUAGAGGCUUACUCAAAGAUCAAGUCUAUCUCAGGUGGUCGAAUAUCCUGCCUUCGGCCGUUCAUGGGUUGACCAGCAAACCGGGAACAAGGGACACGAGAAUCACUAUUGACCUUCAAAACACCCUGAUAAAAGAGGGUUCAGCUGAAGGAAUCAUAUCAGUUUUGAUACAUCACAUGGCCCACGCAUACUUCAUUGCCUGCUGUGGACCUCCUAGCGACAAUAAACACGGUUCAGAAAGACAGAAUCUCGGCCAUAAUCUAGCUUACAGCACCCUGAUAUAUAAAAUCAUGGACGUCUUUCAGCCUCGGGGAUUCAAACAGAUGCCGAAUCUGUUCAUUUUUGAUCGUACUCGACAUCACCCAACUAAUCACCAUCAACUUUGUCGUCAGGGAAGGGCGGUUGCUAGUUUGGCCGAACCAGGGAAAUGCUGUACCUACCACUCAAGGGAUUUCUUAGACAGAAACACCUGCCACCAUCAUACCUUGACCUUAAAGGAGUUAAAACCAGAACAGGAAAAUAAUGGGAAGUCGGAUCUCGGUAAUCCAUAUCCAAAAUCACACUAUAUCCACAUCGUGGAUAUUGGGAACCAGAGGUUCACCCCCGUAUUGCGUACACAAUACCACUCCUCACCAAAGGAUUACGUUGAACUACUCUAUGAAAAUUUCGCUGUCCCAUUUCUACGUUCCAACUUAAGAAAGGAUUGCUCGCUAGCUUCUAAAUUAUCCGAAGAUGUCAAUUUCCUAAACAUACCCGCGCCGUCUCAUCAGAUAUUCUGUGCAUUCUACUCAUAUCUGUUAAAUGGAGACUAUCCUCCAGAGCUAGUCAAAGUCACAUCUCCUUAUCUCACAACUACAACUGCUCAGGGCCCACCCAUCAUAUUGACCUAUGCCCCUGAAAUCGAGAAUUAUUUGGCAACCGAUAUCAGGAUGUUUAGCCUAGCAAGCAUGCUGGACUUCUCUGAUCUAAGAAACAGCGCAAUGGAGAGAAUGUAUUCGCUGAGUGAAACACAUGCCAAUCCGAUCUCGAUCUUUGAUGAGAUUUACAACAGCCCCACUAGGAAUGACGAUGACAGAAAUAGGCUACGCAGAUGGGUGUUAGAGUUCCUUGCUAAAGCAACUUCCUCAAACACAGGAUUUACCAACCUUGAUAUCCUGCAGGCUGAGCAGUGGAGAGGUAACCUUACGAAACUACGGGAGAAAAAUGGACUUUUCAAUAUAGACUAUACAGCAGCCCUCGAGAACUUGGUCCUUGAAAAAGCAUUCGCGUGUAUAACUGCACAUAGUGGAGAGAAUCGAAAAACUGAAGAAUCUACAGAAACCCCAGGGCAAUCUGGCACCAGGGGAAACCUAUCGCCUUCAGAGCUGGAGCUACUUCGGCAGAUACACCCUGAGAUAUCAAAACUAUACGAAACAGCUGCCGUUCUGGGACAGAAACAGGGCUUUAGCCUUGGGCAAACAAACGAUCCCAAAGGACAAAAAGACAAUGAUGCAUUGCUUAAACGUUACUACUCCCCUGCUCUUUUCUCCGAGCCCCCAAACUACGUGUAG